AUGCCAGAAUGCCAGCUCCAGGGAGGGGCUGUGCCCGGGGAGCCCCUGCCAGAGCCGUACGGCAUGCAGGAGGCCGCCCUGCUCCGCCUCCAGGCAGGGCUCCAGGGUGGGAGAGGCCGGCAGGAGCAGAAACAAGAAGAGCGCUCCCUGGCCCCUCCCAAUCCCGGGACCCCCGCGCAGGACCCAGGGCUGACCCCCACACUCAGACAGAAGCCGCGGCGCCCGGAGCCGGCCCAGAGGCACGGAGCCGCGCGGAGACACGCCCGGACACGCGCGGGCGGCCCCCCGGGGACGCGGGGUGGACCGCCCGGGUGGCGCGGGGGCGCCCGCGGGGCCGCCGCCCGGGGUCUCGCGGCCGCGGAGCCUCGCCCGCCGCGGGCCGCACUCACUCACCGCUCGGCCUUUGUUGUCCGCGCCGCUCACAAAGGCGCCGGCGGCCGCGCCUCAGCUGCCCGGCGGCCGCGGGCGCCCAUGGCCGGGCCGGCCCCGCCCCGCGCCGCCGCCGCCGCCGCCGCGAGGUCACGCCGCCCGGCUCCCGCCGCCGCCGCCCCGCGCUCGGCGCCGCCCCGGCCCCCCGCGCGGCCGCGGCUGAGGUCACCGCUUAACCCCUGCGCGCCGGGCGCCCCGAGCCGCGCCCGGAGCUCCCCCGCGGCCGCGCGGCUCGCACCCCGCCCGCCCGCAGGGCCCCCGGGUCACACAGGGCCCCACUCCCUCACCGCCCACCGCGCGUCGCCUCGCCCUCCCAGGCCUCCCGGGAGGGCUCUCGCGCCCAUCCUUGCUUCUCCUCCUUCCAGGAGUCUGCCCCGGGCUCUCCCCCAGGGUGAGGAUGCCUGGGCCGGCCCCAGACGAAAAGGCAGACCUGCGAUGGCCCCCAUCCAGUCUCAGCCGCAGAGGGGCCUCCUGAGGGCUCCGGCCAGCCCCGCGCACGUUUCUGGUAACAGCCUCAGGACCACAGCACUGGCAGCGGCAGGCACUGAGGGCUCUGAGCUCAGCAUCCAGCCUGCCAUGUGGCUCCAUUUUCCUGACGAGAAAUCCGCGGCUUGGAGCUGUGGCUUGGCAAAGCCCACCCAGCAAGGAAGUGGUAGACCCGAGACCCUAGCACACCGCUCCCUUCCAGCUCCCAAAGCUGCCAAACACUAG